UGAGGUGUCAAAGUGUCAGUCCAAUAUUUAUUUUUCCAAUUGGAUUUUGAGAACUCAGAAAUUUAGCAAGAUUUUAUAGAUUUAACUUAAAUAUUUUGGAAGAAAGAGCCCCAACAGUACGCUAUGCCAGGAGAAGAAGUAAACGAGAGUAAGGCACAAAAAUUGGCUGCCGCAAGGAAAAAGUUGAGGGAAUAUCAGAAACGUGGCGCUGCGGAAAAUGCAAAUACAGCACCUACAGAAUCGCACAGCAAUAGUAUCGCCGGUGGCAGCAGUAUUUCGAGUAACAUAUCUGAAGCAUCCGAUUAUGAUGUAUCUAACAAUGGACAUGAGGCAACAAGCACUAAUAUGCAAACGUCAGUCAACAAUAACAUUGCGAUGGAUGUUUUAGCAUCAGCAGAGAUUGCAGUAAAUACUACAUCAGAAGUUAUUGCAACUCCUGAUUUUUCUUUGUCUGCGUUAAUACCUUCCACUGCCGCUAGUUACUUCCAAACAACAACGGAAGACUUUCCAGCAUUAACGCUGGAUAGUUUUGCGGCGCCAACAGUUGCAUCGCCUGCGAUAAGGGAAUGUGCUACAGAUCAAAUGCAACUUCAAAAUAUUAAUGCUAUUCAAGUGCUUAUAACUGAAAAGGCUGCGUUAACAACCGAAUUGAAUAAAUGUCGCUCUUUAUGUAGAGGGCGGGAAUUGGAAGCCGAAGAACUACGUACACAGUUAGAAUCGACGACACAACGUCAAGAAGAACUACUACAACACUAUCAAGUUCAACAACAAAGCUUAGAGCAAUUGCGUAACAAAAAUGCUGAGCUGCAACAUAAAUUGGCCCAGGCGACUGCAAAGCAGGAAGAGCAAGCUGGCCAUCUAGAUGAGUUAAAACGACUGCUAGAUGUAAUGCAGCAACGGGCCACAGAUGUAGAACACCAGUUCAAAGAAAAAGCUAAUGAGCUAGAAAUGGCACAACUGCGCAUACGCCAACUGUCGGAUGAGGCAAAUGUGAAUCAGCCCGAUAAUCGUGUAGAAACACUUACACAAACACAAUUCAUGUACGAACAGCAGAUCAGAGACUUACAGGCUAUGGUGCAGCAGCUGACAUACGAUAAGGAGCAAGCAAGCAAUCAAUAUCAGAGUUAUGUAAAACAUUUAAAUUCGGAAUUAAGCAAUUUGAGCGAAAAGAAUUCUGAAUUAUUGGAUGAAUACACAAAGCAGCAAGAACGUGAACGUCAACUUGUGGAUCAUAUAGGCGCACUUGAAAAGGACAUACAAAAGAAUAUAAGCCGACAAGAUCAGUUGAGGAAAGAGCAAGAACAGGAAUCCCUAACGCGCAGUGAAGCGCCAGGCCAAGAAGUUGAAAAACUAAAAGAACAAAUUGGCGAUUACGAAUUGGAACGUCAUGAAUUUCAACUGAAAAUUAAAUCUCAAGAAGAUCGUCUUGAAAUUCUCAGCGGCGAACUACAAGAGAAGCAAACCAGAUUGGAUCAAUUGGAGGAACAUGUGAGAAAUUAUGCUUCCGAACAGCCCGACCAAGUCAAAUUAUUAGCCACAAUGGAAUCGGACAAAAUCGCAGCUUCCCGCGCGCUUGCACAAAACAUCGAACUAAAAAAACAACUAGAUGAGUUGGAGCUGCGCUUCGUACAGUUGACAAAUGAUAAAGCGGAUUUAAUGAAUAAAUUGGAUGCUGAAGAGCACGCCAAUCGUAAAAUGCGCGCGAACUACAAUGAAAUGGAAGAGCGUCUACACGAUAUUGAUGAGCGUUUCAAAUAUAAAGACGAAGAAAUGAUACGACUCUCACAUGAGAAUAUGGAACUAACUAACAAAGCGGCAGCGUUGCAACGGAAACUGCAACGACAGGGAAGGAAGUUAGAUGGACACAAUCAUUCGCACGAGCCCAACGAUGAAUUGCACGAACAUCAACACAACGGCUGUGACGACGAACAUGAACAUACCCAUGGAGAUGAUCAUAACGAACACGAACAUGAUCAUCACAAACACGAGCAUGAUCAUCACGAACACGAGCCUGAUUAUCACGAACGCGAGCAUCAUUUUUACGAACAUGAGCAUGAUCAACAGGGACACGAGCAUGAUCAUCACGAACACAAUCAAGAUCAUGACGAGCAUAGUAGCGACCUCGAACAUAAUCUCUAUAAUGAGAAUAAGCAUUCACAGCACCAUCACCAACAUGUGAAACAAUUAUCCACAAGCAGCAGCAACACUAGCACACCAUACCUACCGACCGAGGAAGCUGUCGAGCGUUUAGAGCAACGCUUCACACGCCUCAUGUCACAGGUGGCCGAUUUAACUGAUGAAAAACAACGUUUGGAACAUUUAGUACUACAACUGCAAGGCGAAACUGAGACUAUUGGCGAAUAUAUAACCCUGUAUCAAACACAAAGGCGCAUGCUAAAACAACGCGAGUACGAAAAAGCUGCACAAAUGCAGCUCCUGCAACGUGAACGUGAGCAAUUGCGUGACCGAAUCGCUAUACUUAAUAAUCUAGUGAAUAGUCUACGCGCAGAUAUGCCGCAAAGCAUACCGAACCUACAAGAAAAUUUCCACUCAAGUGUCAUAGGAAAUGACGAUAAUUUUGAUGAUACCAACACGCCUUUGAUUGUAGAAGCUAGUGAAGCGCUUGAAGAGCAACACAAUCAACCAGAUUCACAAUUGCCUGCGAAUGAAUCACGCCAAAUAUUAACAAAAAUUCAAAAUAUAAUUUCUGAAAUAAAUGAGAACACACAGCACAUUCCUGAUGUGGCAACGGCGCAAACAGUCGACCAUAUAAAUUGUUGUCUUGGCAAAAUUGAAGUUGUUUAGAGCCUACAAAAUGUCUAUACGCCUGGAUGGAAUGUGUGUGUCUGUGGUUAUGUUCGUCAUUGCAGUCAUGCACAGCGCAAUGGGGUUUCAAAUGUGUUUGUUUGUAUGUAAGCUACCUAUAUUGUUAUGUAUGUUUGUCAACUUAUUGGACUUUUGUGUAACGCCAAUUUAAGUAGUCGAUAAUUAUGGAAUUACGAUUAUUGGCGACACUUUAUUGACCUUAUUUACAGCGUUUCAAAAAAUAUAAUACAAUAAUAUUUAAAUAAAAUUUGUAA